AGGGAGGGAGGGAGAAGAAGGGACGGAAAAAGGGUGAGCACAUGUGUAUAUUUGUCACUAAGGGGGCAGGAAAAAAGGAAUAAGGAAGCUGAGGUAGCCGCCAUAUGCUGUGGAUUUUGUGAAUGUCUUGCUGAAGUGAAUAUCCUUCUUUGGGGGAAAAGAUGGGAAGCUCUCAUUUGCUGAACAAAGGCUUACCUCUAGGCAUCCGGCCACCCAUCAUGAAUGGGCCAAUGCAUCCACGACCUCUGGUGGCUCUUCUGGAUGGGCGUGACUGCACAGUGGAGAUGCCCGUGCUGAAAGAUGUGGCCACUGUGGCCUUCUGUGAUGCCCAGUCCACCCAGGAGAUCCACGAGAAGGUUCUGAACGAGGCUGUGGGAGCUCUGAUGUACCACACCAUCACACUGAUGAGGGAGGACCUGGAGAAGUUCAAAGCCCUGAGGAUCAUCGUCCGCAUAGGCAGCGGCUUCGACAACAUUGACCUCAAAUCUGCCGGAGAUCUAGGCAUCGCAGUGUGCAACAUGCCGGCAGCGUCCGUGGAAGAGACGGCCGACUCGACGCUGUGCCACAUCCUGAACCUGUACAGACGAACCACCUGGCUGCACCAGUCCCUCCGUGAAGGAACCCGGGUCCAGAGCGUGGAACAAAUACGGGAGGUGGCGUCUGGGGCGGCCAGGAUCAGAGGGGAGACUCUGGGCAUCAUCGGACUGGGCCGUGUAGGCCAGGCGGUUGCUCUGAGAGCUAAAGCCUUUGGCUUUAACGUGAUCUUCUACGACCCCUACCUGUUGGACGGUGUUGAACGAGCUCUGGGGCUGCAGCGGGUCAAUACCCUGCAGGACCUGCUCUUCCACUCGGACUGUGUGUCCCUGCACUGCAGCCUCAACGAACACAACCACCACCUCAUCAAUGACUUCACUAUCAAACAGAUGCGUCAGGGAGCCUUCCUGGUGAACACGGCACGAGGGGGCCUCGUAGAUGAGAAGGCCCUGGCCCAGGCCCUCAAGGAUGGGCGGAUAAGAGGAGCGGCGCUGGAUGUUCACGAGACAGAGCCUUUCAGCUUCAGCCAGGGCCCGCUGAAAGAUGCCCCCAACCUGAUCUGCACCCCUCACGCCGCGUGGUACAGCGAGCAGGCCUCCAUCGAGAUGAGGGAAGAGGCGGCCCGAGAGAUACGACGAGCCAUCACCGGUCGUAUCCCAGACAGUCUGAAGAACUGUGUGAAUAAAGAGUUCCUCACCCAGACUAACCACUGGGCGGGUAUGGACCCCGCAGCGAUCCACUCUGAGCUCAAUGGUGCUUACAGAUACCCCCCCGGGGUUGUGAGUUUGGCCUCUGGGGGCCUCCCUCUUGCCGGGGAGGGGAUUGUGCCCAGCGCCAUGCCCUCAGCCACACACCCGCCCCACAACCCUUCACCUAGUCAGCCAGGCAAGCCAGAUGGAGACAGAGAGCAGCACCCUAAUGACCAGUUGUAACUUUACCUUCAGUAGAUACCAGUCCAAGCUGCACCCACACAGGGCUCUCUGGUCGUAGCCAAACAUCCUUUCCAGAGAGUGCUGUGGUACAUUGUCGAUCUAUUUUGGGGAGCAUUCAGUGAGCUGAAGCACUGCACAAUGUUGCAAACAGAAAUGUGAGGUACAUAUUACAGAUUCGUACCUGUUCUAAGUGUACAUUUCUACCUGAACAUUGUUUAAUGUUGCACCAUCCUGGACACACCAACUGCUUUUCACCCCAAAGAGAAGGGAAAGGAGGUGCCAGUGGUUCUCACCUGUUCCAUUAGCAGACUUACUGACUGACGGCCUUCCUGGCCUAACCCUAUUUUGGUUGCCCUUAAAAAAAAAAAGAAAACGUUUCUAAAAAAGAUUACAUUUAGUCAUUUAGCAGACGCUCUUAUCCAGAGCGACUUACAGUAAGUACAGGGACAUUACCCCGAGGCAAGUAGGGUGAAGUGCCUUGCCCAAGGACACAACGUCAGUUGGCAUGACCGGGAAUCGAACUGGCAACCUUUGGAUUACCAGCCCGAUUCCCUCACCGCUCAGCCACCUGACUCCCUAGAUUAUAUCAAUUUGGAAAGAAAAAAUGAAAUUCUGCUGUUUCUAGACUGUAUUUUGUUCCAAAUAUGUGGAUGAAUAUCUGUUUGUGUGUCCUAUACGGAUUCAUUGUUCAUCUGAAGUAGUCGGUAAAAGAUUAAUGUUUGUGUACAGUUUUUAGGGUUAUGAGAAAAAUAUGUUUGUAGGAUACAAGAAGAAAAAAAUAUAUCAAAGCAACAAAUUUGUCCCCCUGAUAGCCACAAAAGGUUUUGCACUCCUUCUCAGGAAAAGCCACUUUUGUUUUAAGACUGCUAUGAGACUCAUUCAUUCUGUCAGUUAAGGGGCAUGUUUUUUUCCCUGGGCUCUGUGUAAAUGUUGAAACUGCAUUGGGAGAGGCGGCCCUUGUGUCUCGUGCAUACAUACCUGGUGUCCUGCUUGCCCGUGUCAGUGUGACUUGAUUGUAAGUGUUGUCUGAGAAGUGGCUGUUAGCUGCAGAAUUAGUAGCAGACCUUCUGCCUAUCUUUGGUUCCCCCUAUGGUAAAGUAGUAGGCUUAGCAAUAUAUGUAUUAUAUUAUACAGUAAAAUAUCAUUAUUUUUGGUCAACCAAAAUCCAGAAAGAAAUGUUUGUGACUGACUGUAUGCAUUUGUAUGAAUUAUUUUGGAAAGAAAUUAAAGUCGCUUUAGAAAGUUUA